AUGGUGCCCACCGUGGACGACACCGGGGUGGUGUUGCCAGCCGUGGACGACACCGGGCCGGUGUUGCCCGCCGUGGUCGAUACCGGGGCGGUGGUUGCCGUGAACAUCACGGAGUACCGUGGCGGUGGUGCAACCGUGAACGGCACCGGAGCGGUGUUGCCCGCCGUGAGCGGCACCAGGGAGGUGGUGCUCGCCCUGGACGACACCGGGGCGGUGUUGCCCGCCGUGAAUAUCACCGGAGAGGUGAUGCCCGCAGUGGACGACACCGGGGCGGUGGUGUCCGCCGUGGACGACACCGGAGAGGUGGCGCAAACCGUGAACGACACCGGGGCGGUGAUGCCAGCCGUGGACGACACCGGAGCGGUGAUGCCCGCCGUGAACGAUACCGGGACGCUGGUCGCCGUGAACGGCACCGGGGCGGUGGUCGCCGUGAACGGUCCCGAGGAGGUGGUGCCCGUAGUGGACGACACCGGGGCGGUGUUGCCAGCCGUGGACGACACCGGAGAGGUGGCGCAAGCCGUGAACUGUACCGGAGAGGUGAUGCCCGCAGUGGACGACACCGUGGCGGUGGUGCAAGCCGUAAACGGCACCGGGGCGGUGUUGCCAGCCGUGGACGACACCGGGGCGGUGGUGCAAGCCGUGGACGACACCGGGGCGGUGAUGCCAGCCGUGGACGACACCGGAGCGGUGAUGCCCGCCGUGAACGAUACCGGGACGCUGGUCGCCGUGAACGGCACCGGGGCGGUGGUGCCCGUAGUGGACGACACCGGGGCGGUGGCGCCCGCCGAUGGGAUCACGGUUACUCUUUGCUUUUAUAUUACCAGUCGGAUCGCCCAGCUAACGCCAGGCUCUCCUCCUUCUUACGCGUUCGCCCGGCUACGCCGGGCGCUCCUCCUUCCUGUGACAAAUUUGCUAUGCGUAAAUAAUAAUUCGGAUUCUCCUUCUCUUAGAAAGCUCUACACCCUAAGUAUUAGCUCCGAAAUGGGAGCGAUUUUUCCUGUAACCCAUCUUCGCUGUGUCCGAAUAGAACAUCGUAUAAUAUCACAAAGGUGA